AUGAUGACCUGUGUCGGAUGCUGAUUUGUCUUUGCUCUCUCUCCUUUCAGGAUCCCUCGGUGACACAGCUCACAAACACUAGCCAGAGUGGCUUGGAUGAAUUCAACCCCUUUUCUGAGAGCUCCCAGCUGACAAAUGCAGCGCGGACGACGCCAGCCAUGCAGCCCUCUGGGCCCUCGCAGCCUGCUGUCCUGCAGACAUCCGUGGAGCCCACUCCCCAGGCUGUGGCUGCAGCAGCACAGGCUGGGCUUCUUCAGCAGCAGGCAGAGUUAGAGAGGAAGGCAGCUGAGCUGGAGAAGAAAGAAAGGGAAUUGCAGAAUAAUGCAGCCAGCAUUAAUCCGAGGCAGAACAAUUGGCCACCUCUUCCCAAGAAGUGUCCGAUCAAACCGUGUUUUUAUCAGGAUUUUUCUGCAGACAUCCCAGCUGACUACCAGCGGAUAUGCAAGAUGCUGUAUUACUUGUGGAUGCUGCAUUCAAUUACCCUGCUCCUAAACCUGCUUGCUUGCUUGGCAUGGUUCACAGUCCAGACAGACAGAGGAGUAGACUUUGGUCUCUCGAUCCUGUGGUUUAUUUUAUUCACCCCUUGUGCCUUUCUCUGUUGGUACCGACCAAUUUACAAGGCUUUCAGGUCUGACAGCUCCUUCAGCUUCUUCGUCUUCUUUUUCAUUUUCUUCUGCCAAAUAGCAAUCUACAUCAUCCAGGCUGUCGGCAUUCCUGGCUGGGGAGACAGCGGAUGGAUUGCGGCGCUGUCAGAGCUGCACGGGAACCUGGCUGUGGCUGUUAUCAUGAUGGUGGUGGCAGGAUUCUUCACGCUGUGUGCGGUUCUCUCACUCUUCCUCCUGAAGCAGGUGCAUUCCCUGUAUCGGCGCACAGGAGCCAGUUUCCAAAGGGCCCAGGAAGAGUUUUCCCAAGGCAUCCUCACCAAUCGGAGCUUCCAGAACGCAGCCGCUGGGGCAGCCUCCUCAGCUGCACAGAGUGCUUUCCGGGGAAACUAGUCCUUCCCGGGGCUGCCUCCCCCUCGCUUCCUCCACCAUCAUCACCCCAAUUUUUUUUUUUUUUUUUUUUUUUAAAUUUUUCCCUAAAGAUGCACUUUUCAGGGGUACCAUGUUAACUCUGUGAUGCCGACUCCAGAUGAGGUCUGGUUUUUUAGCUUCAGCUGGCCUACAUUCAUGACUAUUAGUUUUCCCUGUCUUGUUUUAGGGUGUGGGGAGAUAGGGGAGACAUUCUCUGAAGCAAAUAUAUUUCUCUAUCCAGGA